AUGCCACCAAAGCCGAUGCCACCAAAGCACGCUUCCAGGCCUCCCGCCUCGCGGCAGGCGCAGCGCUGGGCGAAGGACCUCAAGCUGAUCGGCGCGGCCGCCGCGCUGGUGGCCGCCUUUCUCCUCGGCUCGGCCUUCCUGUCUCCCCGCUCUCACCGCGUGUCCUCCUCCGCGCCAAAGCGGCCACAGAGCGCCAGCCCGCCGACGGCGCCGGUCCCCAUCGCGCUGGCGGGCGGCACGCUCUCUCGCUUCACGGCUGAGCACAACGCCUCCCUCCUCUGGGGCACGUACCGGCCCGGCGUCUACUUUGGGAUGCGCUCGCGCACAGCGCCGACGGCGCUCGUCGCCGGGCUGAUGUGGACGCGGGCGAGGCCAGACGGAGGCGUCGACGCGACGACGCUGCGCCACCAGUGCGAGCAGGACGGGCUCGAGCGAUACGGCUUCACCGCCCACGACGGGCGCGGUUUCGGGAGCCAGCCCAUCGUCGACCGCGCCAACGGCGUCCACCUCACCACCACGUUUGUGGCGACGCCGGCCGGAGGUGGAGGAGGAGGCGGCGGAGGAGGAGGCUCUUCGCCGGGAGGGUGGGCGGUCCGCAUCUCGGGCGAGCCGAUCGCGGGCGCCGCGCCCAAGCAGCACCUCUUCCUCUACCUCUCGCUCGACACCGAGUUUGCGCCGCGGCUGUCUCGCGGCGCGGCGCUCGGCAAGCUGGAGGUGCUCUCGUUCCAGCCGGAGGAGGGGGUGCACGUGGGCGGGCAGGUGGAGGAGGUCGGCCGCUUCUCCCUCCUCGCUGCGGCGCGCACGCAGGGCGGCGACCCCCUCCCGCUGCGAGCCUGGGGCUCCGCAGCUCGGCACCACUCCCACCUCAACGUGGCGGAGCUAGUCGCCGAGCAGCUGCCGCCGCAGCAGCCGCAGCAGCAGCAGCAGCAGCACGAUUCGCGGCUCGACCUGAACGGCCUCGUGCCGAGCCGCAGCCGGCUGCUCGUGCUGCAGCUCCGCACCUCGGGCGAGCCGUUCGAGAUCGACGCGACGCUGAUCGGCGGCGGCUGCGGCGCGGGCGGCGCCGUCGGGGACGAAGAGUGCGGCGCCCUCCUCGCACGGUGGUCGGGCGGCGCGCUCUCGGCCGAGAUCCGCUCGCGCACAGACGCGUUCCACGCCCGCCUCGCCUCCACGUUUGGCUUGGACGAGCAGCGCGAGGGCGGCGCGCUUCGGCUCGGCGGGUCGCCCCUCGGGGAGAGGGAGAAGGGCUUCGCCGCGGCGGCGCUCGCGGCGCAACUCGGCUCGCUCGGCUUCUUUUCCUGCAAGUCGGGGGUCCCCUCCUCCGACCGGCUGUCUUCUUCCUCGCCUCGCCUUGUUCCACUACUCUGA